AUGCAAUUCAGGAAAAGAUUCCCUAGCUAGAUGUCUGAAAAAAACCUAAAAAAGAAUCAUAGAUCUUAUCUUUCAGAUUACGACAAUUAAUUUUCAAGCUAGUAAGAAAUUGAGAAGGAGCAACCCUAGAGUUAAGAUAGAUCUGAUUAUUAGGAAAAAUAGAGAUAAAAAGCAUCUAAUAAAUAUAAUUUGUUGGCUGGUUUGAGAUAGUAUUUCUCAAUUUCUUUAACGUAUGUCCUGAUAGUGAUUUUUUUAAUAAUGCUCACUGAUGGCAUAAGAGGCAUGAUUUAAACAUAAAAAUAACAAACAAAGGAGUCUAUAACUCCAAAUCUAGCUUUGUAACCCAAAGAGUACUCAUUUGUUUUACUAGGUUCUGAGAAAAGUGGAAAGAGUUCAUUUGGUAAUCUUUUACUUGGAUUCGAACUAUUUGAUGUAAGUAAAAGUUAGCAUAGCCAACUCUAAGCUGCAUUAAAGCUCAAUGGUACUCUAUUUGGAGAAGUUAAUGGACCCUUAAUAUAGAUUAUAGACAGCUAAGGCCAUGAAAAUAAGAAUUAAAAAGAUUUUGAAAAUGCUUCCAAACUCAUCUAUCUUUUGAAAUAAAAUCCUGUUCAGACUACUUUCAUUUACGUGAUUGAAUUGUAGAAUUUGAUCUCUAAGAAUCCACUCAAUGAAUAUAGAUUGAACUUCUACAGAAGUGCUUUCAAAGAUUUUCUCAAUAAUACAAUAUUUGUUGUGUCCAAAUGGAGUUUCAAUGAAAAUCAGAGAAAUGAAAGAUCCAAAGAAAAUGUCGAUCAUAGCUUCGUGAUCAGAAUUCUACAAAAAUUAUUGAAGGUAGUAGGAUUUGAAAAUCCUAGGCCAACUGUAUAUUACAUUGAUUCAUACUAUGAGCCAGACGAUUUUAUGCAGGACUUGAAGUUUAAUCAGAAUUUCCAAAAUUUCUGGGAAGAUGUCUCAAACAGAAAAGCAACAAAUAUUCUGAACGAUCACCAUACUGUCAAAAAUUCCCUUUAAAAGUAUAAAGUUACUCACAAAAGAUAUUAGGAUAAUGAGAAGAGACUAAAAGAGAUGUAUGAGGAAAUGAUGAGGAAAUAUGAAGAGAAACUUAAAAGAGAUAAAAAAUGUGAUGAAUCCUAUAUGUGUAGAAUAUAUAGAUAUAUAGGAUGGGAUUAUGAAAUGCCUAAAACCCUUAAACUUGAAACAGGAAUUACACAAUGA